AUGACCAGCAGGUGUAUCCUCCAAACUGCUCUCCUGGUAUAUUUCUCCACCACGGUUCUUGCCAUGAACUAUAACUUGCUUCGAUUCCAACUAAGCAGCAGCAGUGUGGAGUGCCAGGAGCUCCUUCUGCAGUUGAAUGGAACUUCUAAAGAUUGCCUCAAGGACAGGAUGAACUUCAAGAUACCUGAGGAGAUCCAGAAAUCCCAGCAGUUCCAGAAGGAGGACAUCGUAUUGGUCACCCUUGAGAUGUUCCAGAAGACCUCUGAUAUUUUCAGGAGAAAUCUCUCAAGCACGGGAUGGAAUGAGAGCAUUGUCGAGAACCUCCUUGCCACACUCCACUGGCAGAAGGAACAUCUGGAGGAAAUCCUGGAAGACAUCAUGCAGGAGGAAAACUUCACUUGGGACCACAGGACCCUUCUGCACCUGAAGAGAUAUUAUCUAAGGAUCGUGCGGUACCUGAAAGCCAAGGAGUACAGCGUCUGUGCCUGGACAAUAGUGCAAGCAGAAAUCCUCAAGAGCUUUUUCUUCCUUGAUAAACUUACAGAUUCUCUCCCUAACUGA